AACCCAGCACAGGCCCAGCCCACGCAUGGGAGAUUCUAUGAAACAGUUUGUAGUGAAGCGGCGCAUAUUGGGCCCACUCCACUGCCAGCCCAGUUUGUCGUCAACCAGCCGUGGGUUUGUUUGUGAGAUUCGCACAGAUUUCGUGGGUCGUGGGACGCGUGGGUUUCUUUAAAAUAUGUGCGACGAAAGUUUAAUUGAACUCGUGCGGGAAAAAACAGUAUUGUACGAUACAAGUCAUCCAGACUACAUAAGGACGAAAUUGAAGGAUGAAGUAUGGGAUGAAAUUGGCGCUGAACUCGGUUCAGACGGCAAAACUGCGAAGGAGCAAUGGCGAAAACUUCGAGAGCGUCAUCGGGAAGCACUGCGAAGACAAAAAAUAAAGAAAACGGGGUCCAAGGCGGAUAUUCAAAGGCCGUGGUCUUAUCAACACCAGAUGGAAUUCUUAAUUCCGUACAUGAAAAACAGAUCUACAUGCACAAACAUAGAGCAGCAACCUUUGGCAGACAUUAGUGCAACUGAACAUGGAGCGAAACGAAAUGAAGAAGAUGCUCCACAUUUUGACCAAGACGAGCCUGAAGUAGGCAAUUGUGAUGAACUAGGAAGAAGUCAGUCUGACCGCUCCGAAACUCCUGUACCAAAACGCCCUAAACUCAGCGACCAAACCGCCAUCCUUCGCUUUAUAAAAACCUCUGAAAUGAGAGCCAAGAAUCGUGAUGAACUGAGAAAAACAAUACUUCAGCGUGAACAAUUAACAUUGCCUUUGCAGAAUGAUGCGCUGUUUCACUUCUUUAUGUCAAUGUACAAUACAACAAAGGGUCUUUCGGGGAAGUACCAGCGACAAGUUCGAAACAAGGUUUACGAAGCUGUUUCACAAGCGGAGGAAGAGGACGAACUUGAGAAAACUACAAGAACGUCUUCAUUUUCUCCAUCGUUUUCGGAGGAAACUGGUAGUUCAUCUUCCAGUCCCGCUACUUUGCUAACAACACAGUACCCAGAAUUUUUCUUUGAGCCGGCUUCGUCAGAGGCAUUAUUACAACAAGAAUCCUUACCUGUAACCUUACAUACCUCGGGGUCAUUGCAGCCUCUGUGAUUCUAUAUGUUUUGUAUGUCGACUUCUUUUUAAUAAAGUUAAUUCAAGUAGUGAUUUUAUCGUUCUUCUUUUCUUCAAAUUCAUAGGCAAAUGUUAUUAAAGCACAUUUGGACAUUUUUACGUUAAAGCAACAUGUUUUAACAACAAACUAGGUAAGCACAGCAAACAAUCUUACCUGA